AUGUCCGCUCAACAACCAGGAAAUACUCCUGCUGACGUAUCUGAGACAACAGGUUCCGCUGCUGCAGUGGUGAAUGAAAAUCAACAGCCACCAAAUAUUGAUCCUAAACCAACGGGAAGAAGCUUUAGAAGUCAAAUUCCAAAAAGAACACCGUACGAUGAAAUCGUAGCAGAUAUGAAAGCAACAGAUGAAGAAGCAAACAAAUACAAGUUUUUAACAUGUGUGCCAAGAACAGUUGUGCUAAUUGGUCGUACCCGUACAGGUAAAACAACAAUGCGUAACGUGAUAGAAAAUCCAAUGCAUAUUUCUGAACCAUUCACACUGAAAUCACAUACAAAAGAAGUUAGUAUUAAAUGUAUAGCUGCAUAUCUUCAGCAUGAAAAUCAGGUUCACAAUAUCAACAUUAUUGAUACACCAGGAUUUUAUGAUAGAGUAACUGCGAAAGCUGCUGCUGCUAAAAAUGGAGGAAAACAACAAACACAGCGCCAAAACACGACAAAUUCUCCAGAUGCUGGAACAGAUGAUGAUGCACCAUUAUCAAAUGAAGAUAUCUCAGCUUAUAUUGAUAAAUGCAUUUACAAUGAUAUUACACAAAUUCAUGUUUUCGCAUUUGUAUUCACAUUGGGUACACAGGGCAUCAAUGCGCAAGAUCUGCAAACGAUGCAGUACUUCAAAAGAAAAUAUCCUCAGUUAAGCAAACAUUUUGCAUUGAUUAUCACACAUUGUGAAGAACUAGGUGAGGCUAACAUGAAGCAAUUGGUAAAACAAUUUUUUGAAGAUAAAGAGGUACGAGAAACUCAAUUAGAAGGCUACUUCAAUCUUGGUGUCCAUUUUAUGGGAUCAAUAAGGAAUGAAAGUUUGAAAGAAGGGUCACGUGAUGAAGUUGGUCGUCAAAUGAUAAAUGUGCUUGAUAUGAGAGAAAAAUUUAUUAAGUUUUUGUUCGCACAAAAUCAACCAUAUAACAUUCAUGAAGAUAUAACACAAAAGCGUGGCUCUGCACCAUGCAAAAUAUUAUGA